GUCUUUUCAUACAAUAUCCCAUUACUAAACCUUUCAACAAUUCUUUGCCCUUAAUUCUUUCAUAUCAAACCUCAUUUCUCUCAAAUUUUUAACUUAACAAUAUCCCAUGGCUACUCAACAACCAACUCUAUCUGAAAAAUCAUCCGAAAACAAUAACAACCUUACGAUCACCGGAAAGAUAUACACACGAGUUCGUCUCGCUACUAAGUCUGAUUUGUCCCAUAUAUACCAAUUGUUUUACCAAAUCCAUGAAUACCAUAGCAACACUCAUUUAUACAAAGCUACCGAGUCCUCUUUAGGUAACUUGCUUUUUAAGGAAAAUCCUCUUCCCCUUUUCUACGGGCCAUCUGUACUAUUACUCGAAGUCUCCCCUACCCCUUUUACCGAACUCAAAAAUAACACGGAUGAAGGGUUCAAGCCCGUCCUUACAACGUUCGACCUUAAAUUCCCCGUUGUGGAAGAACAAGUUGAGGAGUUCAGGUCCAAAUAUGAUGAUGGUAACGAUAAGAGUGAUGCUUACAUCGCGGGAUAUGCUUUCUUUUAUGCGAAUUAUUCAUGCUUCAAUGACAAGCCCGGAUUCUAUUUCGAUAGCCUUUACUUCAGAGAGAGUUAUAGAAAGUUAGGAAUGGGGAAAUUGUUGUUUGGAACAGUUGUAUCUAUUGCUGCCAACAAUGGUUUCGUUUCGGUUGAGGGAAUAGUAGCAGUUUGGAAUAAGAAGUCAUAUGAUUUUUACAUAAAUAUGGGAGUUGAAAUUUUUGAUGAGUUAAGGUAUGGCAAAUUGCAUGGUGAAAAUCUUCAAAAGUAUGCUCAUAAUAAAGGGAAAAUUGACGAAGAGAGCUGCUAGUGUGGUUCUUUUUUGUUUUUUGCUUUAUUGUGGAAUUUUAUCAAUUUCUUCGUAUUUGCUUUUUCUAAAAGCAGUAGUAGUAUCUUUAAUUUGUGGUUGAAAAAUAUUAAAUUGAUUAUGUAUUA